AUGGCUGACCUGCACCGACACACGCGGCUCCCUAAGGUCUGGGCCCUGCGUGUGGCGGUGCUGGUUACCACGCCCCAGAAGUGUAAGCCCGGAGAAGGACCGUCCCUCCGUCGCCAGACCCUGGAGGGCAGAGUGACGUCAUCCCGGCCGCGCCCCUCCGCGCGUGACGUCAUCGCCCGCCCGCUCCCCGCCGAGACCCCGUCCCCACGCCAGGGCACGCGUGGGGGCAGUGCCCUCGCCAGGCGCGGGCGCCACGGCCCGGAGGGCCAGAGGCCGAAGCCGCCCGCGGGCCCCCACCCCCCACGCCGCGCGCACUCACUGUCUCUGCCCGCGGGGCCGGGGUCUCUGCGCCUUCGCGUCCCGCUGGCGCUGCAGCAGCCGAAGCCCGAGAGCUGGAGGGCGGGCGGGCGGGCGCUGGGCGCGGGGAGCGGCCCGCGGGCUCCGGAGCCCCCGCCCCUCCGCUCCCCGCUCGGCUCCGGCUCCGCUCCUGCGGCAAACGCCAGCCCCCCCAAAACCACGCCCCCUCUCCCCCGGGCCACACCCCUCCGGGGCCUCCAAUCGCGCGGCUCGGGGCGGGGCCGAGCCAGGCCCCGCCCCCGCCAGCCCCGCGUCCUGCCCCCUCCUCGGCGAGCCGCAACCGGCGGGCCGUCCGCCCCACCUCCUGCCCACCCUGGACCUGAAGGGGCAUCUGCGAACCUCCGCAGGCUCCGGGCCUCGGCCCCUCCUGCGCGGCCCCCGCUUCUCCCGCUGUAG